AUCUCGACCAACGCGAGCAGCAAUGUACCCCGCAGGCCCCGCAGCGAGAAGCGGCCCAUCCCGGACGACCAGAAGGACGAGAAAUACUUCGAGCGCCGCAAGAGGAACAACCAGGCCGCCAAGAAGUCGCGCGACGCCCGCAAGGUCCGCGAGGACCAGAUAGCUCUGAGGGCGGCGAUGCUGGAACACGAGAACGCGGUGCUGCGUGCGCAGUUGGUGACCCUGCGGGAAGAGGCGCACAGUUUACGACACCUGUUGCUGCAGCAACGAGCCCUCCCGGAAUCCUGAGCCGCUCUCGUCCGUCCCUGCACAAGCGGCAGCCCCUGCACAUCGUCACGGCUUUGAAGCCGAGGGAGCAUUUGACGGGCAGCGCAGCGAAAUCUGCCCCGCGUCUGGCUGAUCGUUGCCCUCUACCUGCACUGCAGCGGAAAGCAGUGGAUCACUACAGUACCUGCAAUCUGUGACCCCGGUGUUGUCCUUGUUCGCCUCGCGGCUGUACAUCCUGAAAGUGUCUGGCGUGUAGCGUACGGCGCGCAACUGACAGCCGAACACUGCCAAGA